AUGGCAGAUCCGAUCUCGGUCAGUUCGGGCAUUGCAGGUCUUGUCACUUUGGGUAUACAAGUCACUGGCGUCGUAUACCAAUACAUCAACGCCGUCAAGGACCGAGGGAAGAAUGUAAAGGAGCUUCACGAUGAGCUGGUUCUCCUGGGCGAGGUCUUGUCCAGGUUGCAGUACUUUUUAGCCAGUAACUCAGCAAAAGCUCAUGACUUCGACGAGCCUGACUCUGUGCUUUCUAAGGCAAUAUCUGCCUGCAAGGAGCGGAUGGAACGCAUUGGCGACAAGCUCAAGCCAAAAGACUCGAAGUUUGGCAGAGCCGUCGAACGCUUGAUAUGGCCGUUCAAAGAAGAGGAGGUGCAGAAGCUCAUGGAGUCGCUGCGCAGAUAUCGCUCCACGUUUGAGUUCGCUGCCAACAUCCAAGGUUAUGAGAUCUUGUCAAAGACAGCCAGCGAUGCCCGGUUGGGCCUGGAGAAGGCUGAACAGAUCUCCAAGCAGACGCAGGAGUUGUUGGCCAUGCAGGGAAUGGGCGUGGACGUUGCGGUUGAGCAAUCCGAGCGGCUUGAGCGCAUCCUUACUCUCUUGACCGUCCUCGAGACUACGAAAGACGAAGUCCGCGAAGUUUCACACGCCAUGAAGCUUCAAGAGCUACGAGAGCAGGAACGACGGAAGUCCGAGAUCUUAGAAUGGCUUUGCCCACUCGCUGAUCUUCAUAAGCACAAGGACGUCCAAGCCCGCCGAGCAGAGGGUACUGGCCAGUGGCUGCUAGAAACUCCCGAGUUCAAACGCUUUGUGCAGGACGGGCUCCAAGACCUGAUGUGUGUCGGCGGUCCUGGCGUUGGCAAGAGCGUACUGCUGUCGAUGGUAGUAGACGUACUAAAGCAGCGCCAUGAAGACGACAGCGAGGUAUGCGUGGUUCACUACUACUUUGACUAUUCGGAGCAGCAGCUACAAACUGAUGCCCACUUCGCUCGAAGCGUUCUCCGCCAAAUCUGCGUAACAAGUACCGCCAUACCUGAAGCAGUAUCCUCGUUCUAUCAGAAGACCCGCGAUGUCGACAAAGACCGAACGUGGUUUCAACAGCUUACGACGAUCAUCAGACGCGUCCUAUCGACGUUUUCAAAGUGCUAUCUCGUGCUCGAUGCGCUAGAUGAGACUGAAGCUGUCAGGCAGCGUACCGCCUUGUUCGAUGUCAUUACGGCCAUAAGGGCAGAGCAUGCAGGAGUCAAAGUCGUUGCAACUACACGACCACAUGUCACCAAUCUCCAGAAGCAGUUUCCGCGGUCGGCAACUAUAUCCGUCAUCGCUGAUCCGGUUGAUCUUCGCCAGUACCUCAGUGCCACUAUCGAAAGACACCCAUAUGCAGAGAAUAUAAUGGACGACAUUUUGAGACAAGAAACCCUGGACAAAUUAGUGGAGACUGCAGGAGGAAUGUUCCUCUUGCCAUCUCUUCACAUUGGAAAUAUCCUGGAACAGCCAACAAAAGGCGAUGUACGAGAUGUGCUCAAGGGCUUGUCGACAGAUCUGACUGGUGUCUUCAACUCUACGAUUGCACGAAUACGAAAGCUACCGCCACGCAGUCAAGUAAUAGCCUUCCAGACUCUGAUGUGGAUAUCACACGCUAAGCGGCCCCUCACGAUGCUGGAGCUACAACAUGCUCUAGCUUUGAGACCCAGCGAUGCCGACAUCAGUGAGGAGCGGCUGUUGGAGCCUCGCCAGGUUCUUGAUUACUGCUGCGGGCUUGUUGAGCAUGAACGAGACAGCGACAUAGUGCGACUCGUCCAUUACACCCUCGAGGAAUAUCUCCAAGCUCAUGACCAUGACCUGUUCCAGCAAGCGGAUCUAAACAUUUUGAAGACUUGUCUCCAAUACAUGACAUUGGCGUCGCUGAAGCAGGUGCCUUUCAAGAACCGCACGGAUGCGGACCAGAUCAUGAAGCGCAUGGCUCUCUGCCAUUACGCGUGCCUAGAAUGGGGACAUCAUGCUAAAGACGUGGAUCUUGCUCUCUACGCAGACUUGGUUCUGCCGAUUCUGAACUCCAGCCAGAACCUGCUCAUUAUUGCCAGAAUACGAGACUCAAAGACCCCGGAUGCUCGAAAAUGGCAGGACAGGAUGUGGGUCUGGGCCUACGAGAAGAAUGGAGGAGCAGGUAUCAGCCUUGCUGCUACCUUUGGUCUGACUGACCUCGUACGUCUCCUCAUCAGUCAGUACACGGAGCCGAACUUGGCGGCUCGGAACAUGUUUGGAUCAACACCACUGCACGAGGCUGCGCUUUACGGUCAUGAGCAGACUGCAGAGCUACUCAUUGCCCACGGAGCUGGUAUCCUCGACCAGAACAAAGGCAAAGCGACGCCAUUUUUCCUGGCUGUGUCAUACGGGCGGCUGAACAUGGCGAGGUGCUUACUGAAGUACGGUCAUCAACAACUAGAUCAAGGUUGUCGUGGUGGUGCUACAGCUCUACACCGAGCCGUAGAGCUAGAGUCGGAACCUCUGGUCGAGUUCCUCCUGUCCUCGGGAGCGUUGAUCGGGGCGAGCGACGAGAAGGGAAACACCGCCCUACACUACGCUGCUCUUCGUGGCACACUGAAGGUGGUCAAAAUGCUGGUGCUUGCGAGUGCUUAUAUCCAUGCCGAAAAUAAGAAGAGAAUGACAGGGCUCGAUUUAGCUGCAACUGGAGGCCAUACGAGUGUCGUGGAGUUCCUCGUUGAGAACAAGGCCGAUGUAUUGCACCGAGGGUCUGACCUGUGGAGUCCUUUGCAUCGAGCUGCCAGGGGAGGUCACGUCGAUACGGUGGUGGUCCUGCUGGAGGCAGGCGCCAACCUUCUAGAUCGAGAUCAUAAGGACCAUUUCCCAAUCCAUCAUGCUGCAAGAGCUGGACACCUGGAAACGGUUAUGCAGCUCCUUGAGUACAGUCCAGGGCUCAAAGAGGAGCAGCUGUUCCACGCAGACAGGACAGGGUCCACAGCAAGAGAAGUGGCGUUCUUUUGCGCGCACUACGACGUUCACAAGUAUCUGCGAUCAUUGGAGUGGGAGCUCCUUGGAACGGCGACGUCAAUCAGCAACAAGGUGACUGUUGCAAUUGAACGGGGCGAUCUAGCCGGGCUCGAGCACUUACUGGACAGCGGGCAAGCCGCGAUUGAGACGCCAGAUGAGGACGGCCAACCACCGCUUCACGUUGCAAUCCAGGAAGGCCAGGACGCCAUCGUUCAAAUGCUGCUACGGCGACAUUCUUCGAUCGAGCAAGCCGGCUACCAUGGCUGGCGGCCACUGCACGUUGCUGCUAGCCUGGGCGAUCUUCAGAUGGUCAACACGUGUAUUCAACAUGGUGCUGAUAUCCACAGCCGUACCGCAACAGGGCAGCAACCAAUUCACAAGGCUGCCUCAGCAAAGUCGUUGCGAACGGUACGCCGCCUCAUCCAGGCUGGAGCAAACAUUGAAGCUCGCAAUGAUCGAGGUAUGACAGCUUUGCUUAUUGCUGCGCAUAAGAAUGACGGUGACACUGUUCGAGCGCUUGUGCAAGAAUACAACGCGGAUGUCCUGGUCAGAGAUAAGCAAGGGCAGACAGCUGUGCAGUGGGCUGAGAAAGGGGCACAUUUGGAACUGACGAAGUUCUUGAGAAUCCAGCAGAAAAGGGGAAAAGACCCUCGGAGAGGAAGCUUGAAGCGGGCUGAUACCUCAAACAGCAACUUCAGAAUGAGUAAAGAGUCCUUGAACGAGGACAGGGUCGGUGAGGAGCUGAUGCUGGAGGAAAUGGAAAUGCUAUAG